UGUGUGUUUUAUAUUACAAAGUAUUCAAUAUGUUGUUACAAAUCAAAGUAUAUAUGAUUUCAGUAUUGUAUUUAUUUGGAAUAUUAUUUAUGAUAUUAUUUCCGCCUCGUAACUAUGAACAAUCAGGAGCUAAAAUGAGGAAAAUACGAAGUACAGGAAAUAGUUUGAAGUAUUUACAGUACAUUGAUCAAGAAACAUUAUUAAAUAUUACAAAUCGCAUGGCGAAAGAUGAUCCAGAAAUGGUUCGAUUAGUGCAUCUCACUCCACGCACUUCGAACAACAACACGAUCGUUGCAUUGGAACUGCAUAGCGAUACACAUUCUAGGAAACCAGGAAUACUCAUUAUAGGAACACUGAACGGUAUGGUGUGGGGAGCAACGAAUGCAAUAAUAGAAUUGGCUGAAAAACUACUGUACGAUGCUAAUUAUCAAACGCCAUUUUUUAAUGAUUAUGACUGGUACCUCAUCCCUGUUGUGAAUCCAGAUGCAGUUAAUUUUACAAAGAACUUGCGAAAGUUUCGACCAAUACAAGAACUGCUUUGGUCGCGUAACAUCACCGCUAGGAAUAACACCCGGCCUGCUUUGUGGCACAAGAAUGUACAUACUAAACUUGGGGACACCUGCUUUGGUACUAAUAUUAAUCGGAAUUUCGCAUAUCAUUGGCGAGACGAUGUUUCUAAGCCUCCAGACGUUUGUUCCCAAUAUUAUCCAGGAAAUAGACCUUUUUCAGCCGCUGAAUCACAAGCUAUUCGCACAUACAUACAUAAAGUUGAAGAUGUUAUUCACAUAGCAAUCAACGUGCACGCAAGUUUUGUACCGAAAAAGGAAUUUAUAUUGUACCCGUGGAGAUAUUCGUUACGUCAACCAAGCAACUAUAGGAAUUUACAAGCUAUCGGGGAGUAUGCUGCAAGACAGGCAAGAUUACCAGAUGGGCGGCUUUAUGAGGUACAUCAAGAAAGUAGUGAUGGACGAGUAGCUGGCUCUCUGACGGAUUAUGUUUCAGGAGUUCUUGGCACAGAUCUCGUAUUUCUCCUGAAACCAUUUCACCCAACGUUCCCGAAUAUUACGGACACUUCAAUACUCGAAACAUAUGUGAAGAAAACUAUAACAUCCAUACUGAGUUUAGUACGAGGUUGGCGUAGCAGCACUAAACAAAACACCCUUUCAUUCUUUGGGAGAGAUGUAGAGUUUUAAUAAAAUGUGU